GUUAGAAUAUUUAAUCAUUGAAAACUAUGCGUAAAUAUAAAUAAAAUGCUGGAGCAACAAUUACGUAAGGUCUUCGACUAUCUGCAGGUGCGGCAACGUCACGUAGUUUGCUACUUUAGCAUGUUGGCCAUAAUAAAUGCGUAUACGAUACGACUCUGCUUGGACUUUACACUCAAUCGCAUAAUGCAGGAGGGCAAACGAUCUGGCAUUAAAACGAAGUCAAAGAUAAGCAAAGCUAAGCUGGCACUGCCAACCAAGCGGCCACGUUUAAAACGUCAACGUGCUGGUCAAGCUGCAGCUGGCUUCAAGCUAGCGACGCCGCAUAUAUCAGCCGCCAAUACGGCGGAUUUGUGGAGCAAUCAGGUGCCAGUGCUGGUGAAUGUUUUCUUUUAUGCCGGCUAUAUGCUCACCCAUGUGCCAGGCGGGCGUUUAUCGGAGCGUUAUGGCGGCAAAUGGAUUCUGGGUGCGGCUAUACUCUGCUCUGCUGUCUUGACGUUGCUGACGCCUUCAAUAGUGCGUUGUGGCGGACCGUGGGCGCUGAUCGUGCUGCGGCUGUGCAUAGGUCUGGCGGAGGGUCCAGCGGUGCCGGCGGUUAGCGUUUUGCUGGCUCAAUGGGUGCCCGAACAGGAGCGUGGCUUGCUUUGUAGCUCUGUCUUGAGUGGCGGUGAGAUUGGCAUUAUGUUUGUGCAUUUGGUAAGCGGACUCGCUUUAAGAGAUCAGGAUUGGGCGUUGGCUUUCUAUGUCAUAGGUACGGGCGCCUUGCUCUGGUUUGUUGGCUUUGUCUGCGUUUGCUACAGCAAUCCGGCUGACUCGCCUUUUAUCAAAAGCGAGGAGCGUGAAUACAUCAAGCAGAGAGUUAGCGCUACGCUUGUAACUGAAACGCCCAACGAUUCAGUGCCCUGGAGCAGCAUGCUACAAAAUGCGCCAGUUUGGGCUAUGAUUGCCGCCAGCAUGCAGCACGAUUGGAAUCAACUGGAGCUGACGCAUGAGCUGCAGGAGCUGUUGCAGCAACUCAAGUCUGUAGAUCGCACGCUUUGGCAGGAUUUGUCCAGCAGCAUUUUGAUAACAGCGCCACAUUUUUGCAGCUGGCUGGCAUCGCUUAGCUCCGGCGUGCUAAGUGAUUAUCUCAUAGCCGAAGGCAUUUUGAGUCGCACACAGACGCGUCAACUCAUGUCUUGGCUGGUCUUCUUCAGCGUCUCCAUGUACAUGGUGUACUCCAAGGAGUAUUGGGCACGCAGUUGGAGCAUCAUGGCUUUUGGAGCCUACUAUGCAGGCAUCAAGCUGCUGCCGCUGGACAUGAGUCCCAACUAUGCGGGCACGCUCAUGGGCAUUUCAAAUGGCUUGGGAGCAGUGCCGGGCUUGGUUAUGCCACUGCUGCAGCAGCUGGAGGCACAGUAUGCCGUUGUGGGCAGCAUACGAGCAGCGCUUUGGCUGCUCUGCGCCAGCUACAUAUCCGCUGAUGUGCAGGCUUAUAAUCAACAGGCUUGAGCCUCAAAUAAAAUUUGA